ACACACACACGCAGAAAAUAACUUCAGCAUACGACGACGCUGUAGUUUUUCUUUCCCCAGCAUGUUCAACCUUUGGAAAUCUCCGUUUCAACGCCCAGCAACUGUUUGAUUUCUUGCUGGUGUGUGCGCGCGCGCGUGUGUAUAUGGGAUUUUUUUUCGUGGUUUUCUUUCGGGAAGAUCUGUCUGUGUUUCUGCUUCGGCGGAUGUAAAACAUAAAAAAGCAACCCUCUCUAAUCCUGGAAUGAUGUGGACCUCUCAUGAUACUGUGGGAUUUGUUUUCUUAGCUGGAUUUUGCGUCCAAUUUGGAUUCUCCUUUGAAGGUCGCUUCACGGACCUGCCCUCCAACAUGACGGUUAAAGAGGGACAGAACAUAGAAAUGGCGUGCGCCUUUCAGAGCGGGACCGUGUCCGUGUAUCUGGAGAUCCAGUGGUGGUUCGUGAAAGCACCGGAGCCCACUGACAGUGACGAGGACGUGGACCCCCAAGAGAUGGAGAUGAUACCGGAGCCCGAUCCCGAUGACGAGGGGACGAAAAUAAGUACAGUGAAAGUCCAGGGAAACGACAUUUCGCACAAGCUGCAGAUCUCCAGAGUCAGCAAGAGCGACGAAGGAUUGUACGAGUGCCGCGUGACACGGGCCAACUACGACGAGAUCGUGGAGUACAAAGCCCAGGCCUGGCUGAAGGUCAACGCCACGGCCCGGCCCCGGCGACCGCCGCCGCCCCCGAAGAAGAGCUCCCCGCUGCACCUGACGGACAAGAAGCCACGGAAAUCCAACUCCAUGGGUCAGGACAACAUGAGCUCAGACCAGAGAGUGGCCUCCACCUCCACCUCGCACACAUCCUCCAACACAGCCAAACACAACCCCGGCUCAGGUACAAGAAUAUCAUCCAGCUGUGGACUGGCUGUCCUCCUCCUGGCGUGUGCUUUGGUGAGGGAUGCCUUGUUAUAAAUUUGAAGAACUGACAUGGUUUGUGCCCAGAUUUCUCGCUCUUUCUCUGUCUGUAUCUCUCUUCUUUCUCUCUUGCUCUCCGUUUGCAUUCAACGCGAACGAGGGGGGGGAA